GCUGGCUGUCCGCGGACGUCUUCAAAAUUUGGAGUCGACUUCGAGCUUGAUCGGACCAGCCUGAACUUGCGGUAGCAACCACAGAGUCCACAGCAGAAGACAGCAGUUGUGCGAUGACCUAGAAGAGACGCGUCGAUCCAGGGCUUGACCUGCAGUGUGGUAGAGUUCAAUGCUACCCGCGGACCAUGCACUGGCAUCGAAGGUGAGUGAUGUUGCCUGCUGGACUAAACCCGAUUCCAGUUGCGACACCGAGUGGACAGUACUUGACAUGGUCAUGAGUUCGACUCAUCCUCGGGUGCGAGCCGCUUUCGUAACCCUGUGUGCGCUUCUUGCGCACUUCCCGAGUCCGCCGCUGUGGAAGGGAAACUCGUCCCACGCUUUUCUUUUUCUUUUUCGUUACAAUUCCCUACAGUACGCUCGACUCUACCGGCGCGCUCGCGACGAACCGGAAGGCUGCGACGCGGACCCGCUAGUAGGACGAGACGAGCGCCGCGACGACGAGUGCCGCACCUGCUGGGGGACCAGGUCGCGAUUAGCAAAUAGCACCGCGUGCGUGCUGCCAACCUCGUACCGAGACAAGGGAUCGUUGUACAACGCCGGAAGGGGACUCAACGGACGUCCGUCGCCCAGGAGGGUGUCCAUAUGCCUGCUGUACGGUACUUUCCUUAUUAGGUAUUAUUCCUUCCCGAUCUGUCAUGCGCUCGCGCGUCUCUUUCCUUUCGAACCAUCGCAAGCUCGCCGCGUCUCUCCCUCGCAGUCUUCUACCUUUUUAUCUCUCUCGCUCUUCCAUGCUUCUAGAAUCUCUCGCGUGUAUUAAGUACUGGGCUGAGCUGCCCGUCUAUCGAAUCGAAUCCCCACUUCUCGCUCUCUCUCUCGCCUCGCUGUCCCGACCUCGGCACUUAGACGCGACAACUGCGGUCGCGGGUGCAAAGCAAGUCGAGUAGAAUCACGUCGAGUCGCGUUCGACAUUUGUAAGUGUUUCAUUGAGUCUCGGCGGCCU